UUCAAUACUUUUUAUUCAAGCUUUUUGCCAGAAUAUCUCAUGGAUAUCUCCUCGGUUUGAAAAAGUCCAAUUCCCGAUGGGUGAGAACGGAAAAUGGGCAAAUUCAACAGGAAUGUGUCCAUUCAACACUACUCAAGCCAAUGAACCUAUUGGACGGGCUCUGUGUAUCGGCGAUGGUAUUACCAAGAGCCAGUGGCAGCCAGUGGAUAAUUGCGGACCAUUUAGAAAUGUCAAAGACAUUCUCACCGAAAUUGCAAAGGUAAUCGUAGGUGAAAAAAACGCAGGUAAAGUGAGCAAGCAAGUAUCAUCUGUAACUUCCAACAUCGAAGAUAUCACAUCAAAUGACAUCAAACUUGUGGCAGAGAUAACAUCUAACAUUGUGCAGCAAAAUCUGACUAGUGAAGAGGUAACAGAGUCUAUAACGAGUAUUGUGAGCAAUGUAGCUCAGGUAGAAACGGAGGAACUUGAAGCCGCAGAGGAAGAAGGUGGGGCAAUAAGUAAAUUUGUCCAGGCUUUUGAGGAACAAAUCAAUCGUGUGGAGGUUGCCGAUGGCGGGUUGCUCAACAUUCAGCAGCCAAGUGUAGCCGUAAAGGAUAUCCAUAGACAGGAGGAUUCAUUUAUCAAGGCAUACAACAUCCUGACUUACAUUGGAUGCUGUAUUUCUAUCUUCAGUCUUCUUGUCACAUUGGCAACCUACCUGUGGAACAAGGAUUUGGGUUUGAGGACCAAACAGACUAGUCAGAUCUUCAUCUGUCUGUGCCUGACCUUGCUGUGUCUCUACACAACAUUUGUCGUCAUGAUCUCUCUGGAUUCUAUCAGAGAUUAUCGUGAGGUCCGGGCUGGACCCUGUGGGUUACUGACGGCUCUAGUUCACUACUUUGUUUUGUCUUCCAUUGCAUGGAUGGGUGUGGAAGGGUACAGUACCUACCUCAUGAUUGUGAAGAUCUUUAACACCUACAUCCAGAAUUUCAUGAUCAAGGCUUUCUUCGCUGCGUGGGGAAUUCCUGCACUUAUCGUGGUUCUUACUGGAGCUAUUGCUAGAGACUCUUACGCCCAUGAUGACCUGUAA